AUGACUUUAAGGAGUGGCCAAGUAUUGGGAACCCCUGAACAGAGUUCCCCUGUAGAGAAUUUUGAGAAAGAGGUGAGUCCAGAAUCCAGUCCUAAAGCUUCCCAAGCUUCCAAGGACCAUGAGAUUAAACAAGUUGGGAAGGGUAGCAACCCUAAUGUUUACAUGCCUAGAGCCCCUUUUCCCUCUUGUUUAGAAUCUCCAUCUUCUUUUGCAUUUGGCAAGAAGGGUGCAAAAAUGGAAAAGAUGAUGGAAUUGUUCAAACAAGUCCAGAUCAACCUCCCCCUUCUAGAUGUCAUCAAGCAAGUUUCAGCUUAUGCUAAGUUCUUGAAGGACUUAUGCACUCAAAAGUGUAAGCUGAAGACCCACAUUCCUAAGACUAUCCAUCUUACUGACCAGGUUAGUGUAGUCCUGUCUAAUCAACUUCCCCCUAAGCUUAAAGAUCCUGGAGCACCCCUUCUAGCUUGCAUCAUUGGGAACCUCCCCAUUAAACAUGUACUCCUUGAUCUAGGGGUGAGUGUUAAUAUUUUGCCUAGCUCAGUUUAUGAUCAUUUUGGGUUUGGAGAAUUGAAGCCUACAAAGGUUAUUCUCCAACUUGAUAACCGUUCCAUUAAAGUGCCUAGAUGUUUCAUUGAGGAUGUAUUGGUUAAAGUAGAUGUGCUCUAUUUUCCUAUGGAUUUUCUAGUCCUUGACAUGAAAACACCAAAUAACAGGAAACCACAGUCGAUUAUCUUAGGACGUCCAUUCUUGGCUAGUACCAAUGCAUGCAUCAGCUGUAGAUCAGGUGCAAUGGAUAUUUCCUUUGGGCCCCAACAUAAGGAAGAGUGCUUCUCCGUUGAUGUUAUAAAUGAGGUAGUAGCAGAGUGCAUACCGGUGAUGUUAGUAGAUGACCCAUUGCAGCAAUAUCUGACCUUCCCUGGAGGUGAUGAUUUUGAUAUUAAUGCAUAUACUGUUAAGGUCAAUGUGUUAUUAGAUGCCUUUAGUCUUCUAGACCAUCCUUCGUCGACUGUCAAGUAUGAGUAA